UCUUUGCACCACCUCUAAUGCAGUCGUGUAACCCAUCACUUACACAUCUGGAAAGAAGGUCAUUUUAUCCAACGAUCAAAGCAUCAGUUGCAUCAUUAUCUUUACGAAUUCCAGCGAGAUUUUGUCAACAUGGCUUCAGAGUUGGGUAUUUUCUUCCUCGUGUUUUUAAUUGGCAUUGUCAACACAGGGGCACAGCAGUACAAUGGUAAAUUGAUCGGGGAGUUUCCAGCUGGUGGAUCUCAUAUAGUAGGAGGAAACGUGUAUGCUGUUGAUGAUGACACAAUCAGAAUUACCAAUUUCGAUUACGAUGGAAAGGGGCCAGAUGCACAUAUAUGGAUAGGAAAGAACGGCAAUGCACCUUCGAGUAACGGCGAAUCAAUUUACCGCUUCACUUAUAACGUUGCGAUGAAUGAUGAAUAUCUGGGGGACCUAGAUCUACCAAGCGGGGAUUCGGUCACAGAUCUGAAAUGGAUUUCUGUCUGGUGUAAACUAGUCAGUGCUUCGUUUGACGAAAUCACCGUGUCAAGUACUUUUACUCCCCCAGCGGAGACAAACCUCGGUCAACUCUCUGGAACAUAUGGACUUUCUGCUUCGUCUGUCGUCAUUGUUAACGAUCAAAGGAUAAGAUUUGAAGGAUUUAAUUACGAUGGAUCAUGUUCUGGUGCACAGUUUUGGGCAGGAAAUGGUCCAGCGCCAUCUAGCAGUGGACAUAAUGUUCCGGAUGAAAACGGAAAUACAUCUCCACUGAGCUCGUAUUCAGGUAGCGAUAUCGAACUGGUCCUCCCCGACGAUGGAUCGGUAUUUGACAUCGAUUAUAUUGGUGUGUGGUGUCAAGACGCUGAUGUCGGCCACGUCGUCAUCCCACAACAAAGUUCACUCAACAUUCCUCCACGCCCGUUGUAAUACGGUUGUGUAUUCACUGGCAAUAUAAUUAUGCUUUUCGCUUUGUCAUCUUUCGUUUAAAGGUCAAGUCCACCUCGAGAAAAUUUAUACAAGCAUAAAUGCUGAAAGUUAAAUUUUCAUCAAAAUCGGAUGUAAAAUAAGAAAGUUAUGACAUUUAAAGUUUCGCUGAUUUUUCACAAAAUUAGUCAGAAUCAAUGAUGUCCCUCACUCACUAUUUCUUUUGUAAUUUGUACAAUAUUUCAUUUUUACAGAUUUGACAAUAAGGAUCAACUUGACUGAACCAUAAAUGUUAAACAAUGGUGAAUCAUAAUCAGAGAGAAAUGAAACUUUUUCUCAGAACAAUGAGGAGAAAGUUAGAAUAUUUCAUAUUAUAUAUAUUAAAAUACAAAAUAGUGAGUGAUGUCAUCAGUUUCCUCAUUUGUAUACCGACCAGGAUGUGCAUAAAAUAACUGUUUUGUGAAAUUAAGCGAAACUUACAAAUGUCAUAACUUUCUUAUUAUACAUCCGAUUUUGAUGAAAUUUCUAGUGUUAUGCUUGUUGGAUUUUUCUCUUAUUAUUCAAAUCAACGUUCAAUCAAACAAACAGUUAUAUGCACAUCCUGGUCGGUAUGCAAAUGAAGACUGAUGACGUCAUCCACUCACUAUUUCCUUCGUAUUUUAUUAUAUGAAAUAUGAAUAUUCUAAUUUUCUCCUCAUUGUCAAGUGAAACAACGAUUAAUUCCUUCCUGAACAUGUGGAAUUAGCACUGUUUAAUACUAUAUAGUUCAGUCAAGUUGGUCCUUAUUUUCAAAAAUUAAAAAAAUGAAAUAUUGUAUAGUUAGAAAAAAAGAAAUAGUGAGUGAAGGACAUCAUCGACUGUCUUAUUUGCAUGUCACUGAAUUGGGCAUAUCAUUGUUUUGUGAAAAAUAGGUGAUACUUUAAAAUGUCAUAACUUUCUUAUUUUACAUCCGAUUUUGAUGAAAUUUUCAGCGUAAUGCUUGUUUGAUUUUUCUAUAUUUAUUAAAAUCAACAUUUUUCUGGGGUGGAAUUGACCUUUAAUAGUUUAAAUGGCAGAAUUGUAUAGUAAAGUAUAAGAAGGCUAUGUUUGGAGAAAGAUUACAUCACAAUUUGAUAAUUGUUUACAUUAUGAAACCUUGCAGUGAGUUUCUAGAAUUAAAAUAUCCCUAUUUAUCUGCCAAAUGUUCAUGUUUAUAAUCGUACUCUCUCUGCUUUAGCGUAAUGGUCGGUAUCUUUUAACAUGAUUAUAAUGAUAACAAUACCAAAUCGUACAUUGUGUUAAUACGUUGCAUUUUCAUCAUGGAAAUAUCAAAUCAUUGAGAUCUCUUCAAUAUUAGAAUUGUCGUUUUGACAACACUAAUUAUUCAUUAAAGAGUGUUGAUUUUUUAUUGUCUAUCUAUAUGGGAUUCAUAAAACCAAUAGAACCAUAUUAUUUCAUAUGGCCAUUCAUAACAGUAAUCAUACUAUAUAUAAAUCAUUAUAGAGAGGUGGAGGGAUGGAAAAGAGAGAGAUAGACACAGAGAGACAGAGAGGG